AUGGAAUAUCUGUGGACCGAGAGUAGGCAGGAAACUGGUGCCUCUGAAUUACUUUUACGGACGCAUGAAGACUCCCUUAGUGAUGAUAUAUCUGGGGGUUUCUGGUUGCCAAUCAACCAACGGCCAACAGAAAAUGUUGAUCUGGAUAAUGUGGAGCAAGCAUCAUUAGACACUCAGCUAACAUCAUCAAAUAUCGGAUUCAAGCUUCUCCAAAAGAUGGGAUGGAAAGGAAAGGGUCUUGGAAAGGAUGAGCAAGGAAUUACUGAACCAAUAAAAUCUGGGAUAAGAGAUCCAAAAUUGGGAAUAGGCAAACAAGAAGACGACUUUUUCACUGAAGAAGAAAAUAUCCAGCGAAAGAAACUUGAUGUCGAGCUAGAGGAGACACAGGAAAAUGUGAGGAAGCGGGAGGUGUUAGCAGAACAGGAGCAAAAAAUUCAAGCUGGGGUUAAAGUGAUACCAAAACUUUGUUAUUGUGAUCUCUGCAACAAGCAAUACAAAUUAGCAAUGGUAUUUGAAGCUCACCUGAGCUCAUAUGAUCACAAUCACAGAAAGAGCUUCAAACAAAUGAAGGAAAUGCAUGGUGACAGUAGUCGGGAUGAGAGGCAAAAGCGAGAAAAACAACGUCAAGAGAGAGAAAUGGCUAAGUUCGCUCAAAGUGCUGAUGCGCAGAAGCAACAACAGAUUCAACAGCAAACGGAGAAUCGCCCUGCUUCGGUUUCCUCUGAAUCUAGAACUGCUACCGCGCAUGCUGAUCAGGACCAGCGGAAGACUUUGAAGAUUGGGUUUGCUUCGAAAGGCAGUGCUUCCAAGAACUCAUCUGAGGGAUCUGCAAAGAAGCAAGAAGUUGCCAUGUCUUCUAUAUUUAGCUGUGAUAGCGACGAAGAGUAG